AUGCCUGCAAAGCGCGUCAACGCCGAUCCUGACAAGAGGACAGACGCGCUACACGAGGCCGAGAUGAAGCACCAACGGGAGGCGCUCGAGUCCACCAUAAUCGUCAAAGAUGAAGAGGUCCGGCGGACCCGGGUCCGAUCUACCAUGCUACGGGAUGAUGUAGCGACCAUCCGCACGCAGCUGAGCCAGCAGACAGACCGCUACGAAAAGCUAUCGAAACAGCAUGCUGAAGCACGCAGCAAGCUCGUGGCCUCUACAAGGAAGAGCGACGAGCAGGAGAAGAAGCUAAAGGCUCAAACAAGAGAGAUAUCGAACCUCAAGGCUGAACUCCAAUCAUUAAACGGCAUUUCGCAAGACUCUACCAAGAUGCUUUCCGAGAAGCUUGCAUUGACGCGCGAACUCGCAAACCUGAAACCUGAGCUGGAACACCUCAGGUCGCAACUGGCGAACCACAGCGAGAUGCUGGCUGAAAAGCUAGCACUCGAACGCCAAGUCAACACGCUCGAGGUAGAGCUCGCAAACGAGAAGCGUGCAUCUCAGCGUGCAAUCCAGAGACAAGAGACCAAGGAAGUGGAAGUAGAGGAGGAGCUUCGUCAGCAAAUACAAGAUCUCGAGAAGAAGUUGGCCAACGAGAAGCGCGCAGCCCAGCGCGCAAAGCAAGAUGCAGAAAAAGAAACAGAGCUUGAGGAUAGGCUACGCCAGCAAGCAGAUGAGUUUGAGGCCCAGCUCAAGACGCAGCAGGCUGAGGCGACCAAGGCCAGAAGAGAGCUUGAGAGGCAGCUGGCUGAACUGACGGCCCAAAACGAGUUUAUUGAUGAAAGAUUUACAGAGCUCAAGGCCAAGCUAAAGGAGACAAGACAGGAGCUGAAGAGCUGUCGCGCCGAGCUGCAAGAAGCUAAGCAGGCAGCUGCGAACCGUGUGGUAAAGGCGCCAGUUGCGGCCAAGGCCAAGGGCAAGGCGCAACCUGGACAGAAACGCCGCGCCGAGGAGAUGGCGCGAGAGCUUGACAUACUGGCAACACCAACAAUCGAGGAGAAGCGUAGCAAGAAACCUCUUAAGAAGAGGGUCGAGGCACUCGCUGGCGAGAAGUCAAUGUUCUCCAUCACGCCGUUUUUAACAAAGACCAUGAGCUUUGCCGAAGGGCCCGUCGAGUUUAGUGCCGGAGGCAAUGGAGGAGCGGGAGAGGAAGAUGAAGACGAAGAAGAUGUCAUGGAUGACACGUUUGCAGGACAUCAGUCUAUGGAAUCUGCAGCCGCUGAAACGACGGUUCAGUCAGAGGAGGACGCAACAGAACCCACAGAGAUUCAAAAGCCUGAUGCAUCUGUGGCGAGCAAGCCAGAGCCCAAGUCACGGGGCAGGCCAAAAUCGAAGGUAGCUCUCCGCGAGACCCCCUCAGCCCAGAACAUAUGCCUGACAACAAAUCGCAAGACAUCAAAGGAAGAGCAGACACAAACACUCGAGAAGGUGGUGGAAGAGGUUGAGGAGGGCGGCGACCAGGAAAACAGGACGGUCGCCAUCCCUACUGCCGCCACCACCACUAAGAAACCGACGCAGAAGAAGGCAAAGGCCACCAUUGUGGCGGCGAAAAAGGCGACGACGGAGACGGCCUCUGAGACGGUUGCAGAGACGACCACAGCAGAGAUAGAACCUAAGAAGAAGAAGCGAAAGCUGUUAGGCGGUGCGGCAAAGACUCUCUUUGACGACGAAGACGAUGCAGAGGCAGCACCGGUUGCUAAGAGACAGCCGGGCAAGGUGCAAGUUGGUAAGGGGGUUGGUAAAGUGCAACUGGGUGCUGCAGGAGCACGCGCUUUUGCAGGCAAGGCCUUUUCGCCACUGAAGCGUGAUCGUAGGGGGGUUAACGCAAGUUUCCUGGCGUGA